AUGGGGACCCUCAGAGACCUGCAGUACGCCCUGCAGGAGAAGGUCCAGGAGCUCCGGCAGCGGGACGCUCUGAUCGACGAGCUGGAGCUGGAGCUGGACCAGAAGGACGAGCUGAUCCAGCGCCUGCAGAACGAGCUGGACAAGUACCGCUCGGUGAUCCGACCCGCCACGGCCCAGCAGCAGAACCUGGUCCUGCAGCCGGACCAGCACCGCAGUAAGAGGCAGGCCAUCUCAGCAGAACCCACGGCCUGCGACAUGAACCAGCUGAGCCACGUCACGCUGCCCUGCUGCCCCAAGAGUCCACAGUCCAAAGAACUUAUAAAAGACGCCAUCCUGGACAAUGACUUCAUGAAGAACCUGGAGCUGUCUCAGAUCCAGGAGAUUGUGGACUGCAUGUAUCCAGUGGACUACGGGAUGGACGCCUGCAUCAUCAAGGAAGGAGAUGUGGGCUCGUUGGUCUUCGUCAUGGAAGAUGGGAAGGUAGAGGUGACCAAAGAAGGCAUGAAGCUGUGCACUAUGGGACCAGGACGAGUGUUUGGAGAGCUGGCCAUCCUCUACAACUGCACCAGAACCGCCACCGUCAGGACUCUGACCCAGGUGAAGCUGUGGGCCAUUGACCGGCUGUGCUUCCAGACCAUCAUGAUGAGAACCGGACUCAUCAAACACGCCGAGUACAUGGACUUCCUGAAGAGCGUCCCCACCUUCCAGGACCUCCAGGAGGACACUCUUAGUAAACUGGCUGACGUCAUGGAGGAGAACCACUACGACCGCGGCGAGUUCAUUGUCCGGCAGGGCGCCAGAGGAGACACCUUCUUCAUCAUCAGCCAGGGCCGGGUGAAUGUCACUCAGGGGGAUUCAGCCAAUCAGGAGACUGUACACCUGCGGGAGCUCGGCAGAGGGGACUGGUUCGGAGAGCGAGCGCUGCAGGGGGAGGACGUGAGAACAGCCAAUGUCGUCGCGGCCGAGCCUGUCACCUGCCUCGUCAUCGACAGAGAAUCCUUCAAGCACCUGAUUGGUGGACUGGACCACGUGUCCAACAAAGUAUACGAAGACGCUGCCGCUAAAGCCAGGUACGAGGCAGAGAACGCCUUCUUCUCCGGUCUGAAGCUCAACGACUUCAACAUCAUCGACACGCUGGGAGUCGGAGGCUUCGGACGCGUUGAGCUGGUACGUGUCUUUUUUCAGGUGCAGCUGAAAAAUGAGGAGGCCAAGACUUUCGCUAUGAAGAUCUUGAAGAAGAGACACAUCGUGGACACAAGGCAACAGGAGCACAUCCGCUCCGAGAAAAAUAUCAUGACCGACGCUCACUCAGACUUCAUCGUCAGAUUGUACCGCACCUUUAAGGACAGUAAAUACCUGUACAUGCUGAUGGAGGCGUGUCUGGGUGGAGAGCUGUGGACCAUCCUGAGGGACAGAGGUUCGUUUGACGAUUCGACCACCAGGUUCUACACCGGCUGCGUGGUCGAAGCGUUCUCCUACCUUCACACCAAAGGCAUCAUCUACCGAGACCUGAAACCAGAGAACCUGAUCCUGGACAGCCGAGGAUAUGCUAAGCUGGUGGACUUUGGGUUUGCAAAGAAGAUCGGCUGCUGUAAGAAAACAUGGACGUUCUGUGGAACGCCGGAGUACGUGGCUCCGGAGAUCAUCCUGAACAAAGGUCACGAUGUCUCUGCAGACUACUGGUCCCUGGGAAUCCUGAUGUAUGAGCUGCUGACUGGCAGUCCUCCGUUCACGGGUCCAGACCCCAUGAAAACCUACAACAUCAUCCUGAGAGGCAUCGACAUGAUCGAGUUUCCCAAGAAGAUCACAAAGAAUGCUGCCAACCUUAUCAAGAGGCUCUGCAGAGACAGUCCUUCAGAAAGACUGGGGAACCUGAAAAAUGGCGUGAAGGACAUCCAGAAGCACAAGUGGUUUGAAGGUUUUAACUGGGAUGGGCUGCGGAAAGGAACUCUGACUCCGCCCAUCACACCUAAGGUCUCGUCUCCGAUCGACACGAGUAACUUUGACAGUUUUCCUGAGGACACGGACGAGCCACCACCUGACGAUACUUCUGGAUGGGACUACGACUUCUAAACCGGGUCUGGACUCUGAGACUGGAUGAAGAGCAGUCGUCAGGAGGUGGACCAGGUGAAGCUCCUUUGAGCUUGCGGCUGAAAUAAUUGAACGACAGCUAAAGAAAGGAUUCUGAUCGGGCUGAUUCCUGCUUGAAGAAACAAACUACAGGUUCUGAUCAGUCCAGGAUCAGCUCUGGAAAC